GCUUGUCAGUGUGACUUUGAUGUUUUAGUUGCUUUGUUAUCAAACAUUCGGAUCUGCCAAACUCGGGAUGAAUUGUUUCUUACGAAUUGCACAAGAAGCUUGUUUACUACAUGAAGGUCGUUUUUAUUGGCUACAGGCGUCGUGCGCAUUAUCUUCACUUGACAAUCACCAGUUUUAAUUCUUAUCUGAAGUGUUUCUGACGAACCCGUUACAGUUCCAGCUCAACUUGUUCGCUGCUUCGCUGUGCGUUAUUUCCUGAAUAUUUAUGAGCUUUUGUCUUCCAACGUAGACACAACUGCCCCACUCUACGCAUGCUUCCGAGAUCGUUCCGUUUUCCCCAAAAAUCAGGCAUAUCGAAAAGAGAGGUCAUUUGAGGAAGGACAACAGAUUCCAGUGUGAGUUGUAUCGUCUGAGGAGCUUGUAAGCGUUGUUUGUCUGAGUCGUUCAAGGAAUUUACGCGCGCGUCUGGUAUUCGUGCUCGUUUCUGUUGGUGACCAAUUUUGCUGUUUCACUCGCAGAAUUUUAAUUGGUUUCACGCAAUGGGUGACCCGCAAUUGGAAGUGCUGCAGUACGUGCCGUUCAAAUCAUUUGUCCAGGCCUCGUUCUGGCACAAGCUGGCAGAGAUUAAAAUCGACGUCGAUAAGUUGAGUGAUGGACCACGCGAGAUUUAUGGGUACUACACCAAUGCCAAUGCCAAGGAAUGUUUAUUCGAAGUGGAUUACAGCGCUUUUAACAGUGAAUUCACACCAAUGAAAUUCAAUUACACAUCAUUUGGUACACUAUAUAACAAAAAUACAAUCGAGGGCUUUAAAGAAUGCGAUAAAGUUGCUUUACUAACAUCAGAGGGACAAAAAUUUCUGGAAGACAUAACAACUGGAAGAAUUCUUGAGGAUCCACGGCGUAUAAGUCGAUUUUUCAUCCUCUCAUUUGCGGAUCUGAAAACGCACAAAUACUACUAUUGGUUCGCAUUUCCGGCUCCACUACAUCCGAAUGCCGAAAUUAUUUCCGGUUCAAGACCCACUUUAUUGAAAGAUUCACCUGAACUAUCUCAGCAUUUAGAGGCUAUAUACUUUAACUUACCAUCGGAUCAAUCAAAGUCAUUUUUUAUACUGAGAAAGAAUGAAGAUGAUGACGGUUUUAAACAUUACAACCUGAAAGACUGUAUCAAUGUGCAAAAUUUAGAUAAUUUUAAGGACGUAAAUUUGGAGACAAUCUACUUUUGCUUCUCGGAUCCAUGCGGAACUGAUAAACCAUCAUGGUUGUUACGCUUGUACUUAGUUUGUAUUUCGUAUCUGUGUCCCUCAUUGCAUAAUAAACACAUAAAAGUGGUGGGUGUUCGGAUGAAAACUCCGAAAACCUUAGGAGAAAGUUUAGUUUGGGAUAUUAUAGUUCCAGUGAACUCGAAAAAUUCAGAAGUUCCAUUUGUUGGAUGGGAACCAAAUGCGGCCGGCAAAAUGAUACCGAGAUGUGUUUCGAUGGCGGAUAGUAUGGACCCGGCAAAGUUAGCUGAGAACUCUGUGUACCUUAACCUGAAACUGAUGAAGUGGCGUAUUAUGCCGAAUUUAGAUUUGGAUAUUCUUACGAGAACACGAUGUUUGCUUUUUGGAGCUGGUACGUUAGGUUGUGCAGUUGCGAGGAACUUGUUGGGUUGGGGUUUCAAGAACAUAACAUUCCUUGAUAGUGGCAAAAUUCAUUUUUCGAAUCCGGUACGACAGACUCUUUAUAUCCAUGCAGAUGCUGUUGAUGGUAACAAACGUAAGGCGUUAACAGCAGCAGAAAGGAUCAAACAAAUAAAUCCAAAUGUGGUUUCCACUGGUCAUGUUGUACAAGUGCCAAUGCCUGGUCAUCCUGUAGGUGAUUCAAUGCGCAGUGAAGUUCUUCAAAAUCUCGACGUUAUCGAAAAUGCAGUAAAAAACUGUGAUGUUAUAUUUUUAUUGACUGAUUCCAGAGAAAGUCGAUGGUUACCUACCUUAUUAGGUUCUUAUCAUAAGAAAAUUGUUAUUAACGCUGCAUUAGGUUUUGAUAGUUAUCUUGUCAUGCGGCAUGGUGGCCAUAAAGUACUCGAAGAGGCUUUACAUCCUCAACAAAUUGAUGGGCUGCAUUGUAUAAGUGGAGCAAAUUUAGGAUGCUAUUUCUGUAAUGAUGUUACUGCGCCGGGAGAUUCAUUACGCGAUCGUACUCUAGAUCAGCAGUGCACCGUAACUCGUCCAGGAAUUUCGAAUAUUGCAGCCAGUUAUGCGGUCGAAUUACUCGUAUCAAUCUUACAGCACAAAUAUAAAGAAUUAGCACCAGCCUAUUAUGCGGUUAAUAAUCAGAAGGAUGUGUCGAUUCCAGAAGGUUUGCUAGGCAUUUUGCCUCAUUCGAUCAGAGGAAUGCUCGGCACAUUUGAAAAUAUCCUUCCAGCAACAGCGAAAUUUUCGCAAUGUGUUGCCUGUUCUCAGAUUGUCCUCGACGAGUAUGAAAAUCGAAAAAUCGAUUUUCUGUUUGAUGUGUUCAAUUCAACGAAAUACUUGGAAGAUUUAACAGGGAUCUCAACUUUGGCUGUCUGUGACAGUGAGAUAAUCGAAUGUGAAGACUCUGACUUUGAGAUGAGUGAUUGAAAGCAAUGAAUUUCUUGAAAUGAUGUCUUGAAAACGAAAUCACCACCUGAAGUCAGCGUAAAUUUAAGUUCAAUUUUACAAAGAAAAAAGACUAUUUACCAAUGCUGUUUAAAACCAAAUUGAUAUUCAACUUUCUUGAAAAGUUAAUUUAUUUCAAUAUUAAUUAGUGUAGUUACCUAUUCCUGAAUACGUAUUUUGCACGGCAUGAUAUGUGCCUCGUAUCUUAUUAUUUAAGAUCGCACCCUACUUAGUGUGUGUAGUAUACAAGACGUUGUUUUCCAAGUGGUUUUAUUGAGUAAAUUUAGAUAAAAUUAUAAAAAAUGUGCUUUUAUUAAAGAUCCAUAUGCGAAAUUUA